AUGAUGGGUCGCUUUGGCAAGCUCCAAGGCGCUGCCACCCAACGUGCGGACUCACUCCACCUCACAAAGGCUCAGUCCACCGGACUCCAGGCUUGUUACUUUGGUGCCUACUUUGUGAACGGUCCAAUUUCCGGUCCCCUCGCCAGGAAGUACGGAUACCGUUUCAGCAUUCACGGUGGUCUCGGUCUUUUCUCAAUUGGUACCAUCCUCUUCUGGCCUUGCGCGGUUUACUACUCCUAUCCUGGUUUCCUCGUAUGCACUUUCGUCACCGCCUCAGGUCUCGCUUGGCUUGAAAUGGCUGCCAACUCCUAUAUCACAGUCUUGGGUCCACCUCAGAACGCCUCCUUCCGUCUCGUGUUGGCCCAAUCUUGGAACGGUGUCGCUUCAAUCUUCGGCCCCAUCAUUGCUGGUCGCACCUUCCUCAAAACCGGUCACUCGCACAUUCUCAACCACCUUCAGUGGGUGUAUCUGGGGAUAGCAGGGUUCGGAUGUGUCAUCAAUUCCCUCUUGUUCAUCGCAAAACUUCCCGAAGUCAAGCAAGAAGUCGAUGCUUCCCUCGAUGAGAAGCCGGUGAACAUUUGGAACCAGCGUCAUCUCCUAUACGGAGCUUUCGCUGAGUUCAUAGUCGCCGUUGCCUCCCUUACGAUCAACUUCUAUGUCGAGCAGCCAGAUCUCAACACCACGGUCACCAGAGCAGCGGAUCUUUUCUCGGUCACACUCGCUGUUUUCACGAUUGGUCGGUUCACCGGUGUUCCGAUCUUGUCCAAGGUUGACUCGGCGCUCAUGCUCUUCGUUUGCGGUCUUGGUUGUGUUUUCAUGUCGAUUUUGACCGCUGUUGUUCCUGGAGUUGGUGGUAUCGCAUGCUUGAUGCUCAUCUUCUUCUUCGAGUCGGUCUGCUACCCUAUCAUCUUCACCCUCUCAACCUCUAACCUCGGUGUUAAGCAGAAACUCGGUAGUGCUCUCGUUGCAGCCGGUGUUUCAGGAGGAGCAUGGUAUCCGAGUGUUCAAGCCGUAGUUGCUGAUGCCACCAGCACUCGACGAUCUUUCUUCGUGCCUAUCGCUGGUUUCGCUGUUGUGGCAUGGUACGGUUUGUACAUGCACAUGCGCGGUUGCCGCCAGCAGGGUUACUGGAGUUGGAGGAAGCUCGACAAGGUGACAGCAAUGGGCGUUGCUUCGCAGCGAGUUUCUGACGCAGCGCAUACUGGAUCUGACAAGGACAUCAAGGUUGACCAGUGCAGCCCUACCUACGAGACCGUUCCCUAUGGGAACUAA